GGCCGUAGAUUUCGGCCAAGUGCGCCUGCGCAUAAGAGUAGCGGCGUUGAGUCAGGCAGUCAGUGGAGGAAACUGCGGUAGCGCCCCUCAGCCCUCGCCAUGAAGACUCGCUUUAGCACCAUUGACCUCCGCGCCGUACUCGCGGAGCUGAAUGCCAGCUUAAUAGGAAUGAGAGUAAACAAUGUUUAUGAUGUGGAUAAUAAGACCUAUCUUAUUCGUCUUCAAAAACCAGACUUUAAAGCUACACUUUUACUUGAAUCUGGCAUACGAAUUCACACAACAGAAUUUGAGUGGCCUAAGAAUAUGAUGCCAUCUAGUUUUGCCAUGAAGUGUCGAAAACAUUUGAAGAGUCGGCGAUUGGUCAGUGCAAAACAGCUUGGUGUGGAUAGAAUUGUAGAUUUUCAAUUUGGAAGCGAUGAAGCUGCUUAUCACUUAAUCAUUGAGCUCUAUGAUAGGGGGAACAUCGUUCUUACAGAUUAUGAGUACCUAAUUUUGAAUAUCCUGAGAUUUCGAACUGACGAGUCAGAUGAUGUUAAAUUUGCUGUUCGUGAACGCUAUCCAGUUGGUCAUGCUAGAGCUGGUGAGCCUUUGCUUACCUUGGAAAGAUUGACUGAAGUAAUAGCCUGUGCACCUAAGGGUGAACUACUGAAGAGAGUUCUGAACCCAUUACUUCCCUAUGGACCAGCUCUCAUUGAACACUGUCUUAUAGAAAAUGGAUUCUCUGGCAAUGUCAAAGUGGAUGAAAAAUUUGAAAGCAAAGAUAUUGAAAAAGUACUUGUUUGUCUGAAGCAAGCAGAAGACUAUAUGAAAACAACAUCCAACUUCAGUGGAAAGGGAUACAUCAUUCAGAAAAGAGAAAUAAAACCAAGCUUGGAAGUAGAUAAACCGACGGAAGACAUAUUCACGUAUGAGGAAUUUCAUCCUUUCUUGUUUUCUCAACAUUCACAAUGUCCAUAUAUAGAAUUUGAAUCAUUUGACAAGGCUGUGGAUGAAUUUUAUUCCAAGAUAGAAGGUCAGAAAAUAGAUUUAAAAGCUUUACAACAGGAAAAACAAGCAUUGAAGAAAUUAGAUAACGUCCGAAAGGAUCAUGAAAACCGAUUAGAAGCUCUUCAGCAGGCUCAGGAAAUAGACAAACUUAAAGGAGAGCUCAUAGAAAUGAACCUACAAAUAGUUGACAGAGCCAUUCAAGUUGUUCGAAGUGCUUUAGCCAACCAGAUAGAUUGGACAGAAAUCGGGUUGAUUGUGAAAGAAGCCCAAGCUCAAGGAGACCCUGUUGCAAAUGCAAUUAAAGAAUUAAAACUACAAACAAAUCAUGUUACAAUGCUACUAAGAAAUCCGUACUUGUUAUCAGAGGAGGAAGAUGACGAUGUUGAUGGUGACCUCGGUGUUGAAAAAAAUGAAACCGAAGCACCAAAAGGAAAAAAGAAAAAGCAAAAGAAUAAACAGUUGCAGAAGCCUCAGAAAAAUAGGCCAUUACUUGUUGAUGUUGAUCUCAGCUUGUCAGCAUAUGCCAAUGCCAAAAAAUACUAUGAUCACAAGCGGUAUGCUGCUAAGAAAACACAAAAGACUGUUGAAGCUGCUGAAAAGGCAUUUAAGUCAGCAGAAAAGAAAACAAAGCAAACCUUAAAAGAAGUCCAAACAGUUACCUCUAUUCAGAAAGCAAGAAAAGUAUAUUGGUUUGAGAAAUUUCUGUGGUUCAUUAGCUCAGAGAACUAUCUAAUUAUAGGUGGACGAGAUCAGCAACAGAAUGAAAUAAUUGUGAAAAGAUACUUGACAACAGGGGACAUUUAUGUACAUGCUGAUCUUCAUGGGGCUACUAGCUGUGUAAUUAAGAAUCCAACAGGAGAACCCAUUCCCCCUCGGACCUUGACUGAAGCAGGCACAAUGGCACUUUGCUACAGUGCUGCUUGGGAUGCACGAGUUAUCACUAGUGCUUGGUGGGUGUACCAUCAUCAGGUGUCUAAAACAGCACCAACUGGAGAAUAUUUGACAACAGGAAGCUUCAUGAUCAGAGGAAAAAAGAAUUUCCUUCCUCCCUCAUAUCUAAUGAUGGGGUUUAGUUUCCUCUUUAAGGUAGAUGAGUCUUGUGUUUGGAGACAUCGGGGUGAACGAAAAGUCAGAGUGCAGGAUGAAGACAUGGAAACACUGGCGAGUUGCACAAGUGAACUCAUAUCGGAAGAAAUGGAUCAACUAGAUGGAGGUGACAGUAGCAGUGAAGAAGAUAAAGAGGAAUCACAUGCAACUCCUGUGGAAGUGGAACUCAUGACUCAGGUUGACCAAGAGGAUAUCACUAUUCAGAGUGGUGGGGAUGGGCUAAAUGAUGAGCUGAUUCAGGAAGAGAGCUCUGAAGAUGAAGGAGAGUCUGAGGAUGUAGUAAAAGAUCAGGAACCUGCUGGUGAAAUGAAGGAUGAAGGGGAAGAGAUAUUAAAUUAUCCUGAUACCACCAUUGACUUGUCCCACCUUCAACCCCAAAGGUCCCUCCAGAAAUUGGCUUCAAAAGAGGAAUCUUCUAAUACGAGUGACAGUAAAUUACAGAGCCGGAGACAUUUGUCAGCCAAGGAAAGAAGGGAAAUGAAGAAGAAAAAGCUUCCAAGUGACUCAGGGGAUUUAGAAGUGAUAGAGGUAAAGGACAAAGAAAAAGAAAAUACUCUACACAUUGAAACUCAUCAGAACACAAGCAAAAACGUCCCAGCUGUGCAGCCAAUGAAACGAGGACAGAAGAGUAAAAUGAAAAAAAUGAAGGAAAAAUACAAAGACCAAGAUGAAGAAGAACGUGAACUCAUCAUGAAGUUGCUGGGGUCUGCAGGUUCAAACAAAGAAGAAAAGGGAAAGAAGGGAAAGAAAGGAAAAACAAAGGAUGAACCUGUGAAGAAACAGCCCCAGAAACCUAGAGGUGGACCAAGGGCUUCAGACAGCAUCAAGAAGGAAACUCCUUCCCUUGAGGUUGUAACUCCCGAGUUACAAGACUUGGCUGUAGAUGACCCACAUGACGACAAGCAGGAAGAACAAGACCUGGACCAGCAGGGUAAUGAGGAAAAUCUCUUUGACUCUUUGACUGGGCAGCCGCAUCCUGAAGAUGUGUUACUGUUUGCCAUUCCAAUAUGUGCCCCUUACACCACCAUGACAAACUACAAAUACAAAGUGAAACUUACUCCUGGAGUUCAGAAAAAGGGAAAAGCUGCAAAAACAGCCUUGAAUAGUUUCAUGCAUUCCAAAGAAGCAACAGCAAGAGAAAAAGACUUAUUUCGCAGUGUAAAGGACACGGAUUUAUCAAGAAAUAUUCCUGGCAAAGUCAAAGUGUCUGCACCCAAUCUUCUGAAUGUAAAAAGGAAAUAGCUGAAAUGAAAUCCUAAAGUAUUUGAGAAGAGCCAAUUUUAUAGCCUUUUGGAAGUUCAAAGAUGAAAACACCUUGUAACAAGACUUCCGCAUUUAAAAAUGAACUAAACAUUGCCUUGCUAUAUUCGCCAAAAGGACUUUUUUUUUUUCUUCCAGUUUUUUAGAGAGGAAACACACUACGGUAGGAUUUCCUAAAAUAUUUGUGGACAGUUAAAUGCUAACUGUAUACAUCUGUAGUUUUUCUCCUACAUUUUCUUGAAAUUUGGGAGGUUAAUACUAAGUUUUCAUUUCAUGUUGUAAAGAAGUCGAACAGUGAAGUGGCUCAGUUGCUUAGACUAUUGACUUGGUAGCCCACCCUCUGUAACAUCUAAUAUAUCUAUUACAGGCCAGUCACAGGGGGUUUUCUGGUGGUGUGGUGGGAGUUGGGGGGGUUAAACAUUUAGGAUUAAGUGUUGGAAACCUUCUGCCUUUACUUAUAGUUGUCAAAAAAUAUAUUAGACCAGAUUUAAAAUACACAUAAUUCAGCCUAAGAAAUAAGACCUAAAAAAAUUGGUACUCAUCACUUCCAUGCAUUUAAACAACUUCACUUUUCUCCUGAUUUCUUCCUUGUAAUCUGUUUUAUACCAUUUUAUUUUCUACCUCUAGUGAUUAUCAGCAUGUUACGGAGUAUCUUAACCUAUGAUAUCAUAAGUGCACUUUUAGGCUUAUCACUAAAGACUCUUGACCCAGCUCCUCCUCUUCUAUCUCCUAACAGAACGGAGAAGUCAUAACAUCAUUCCCAUUCUUUUAUGAGCUAAAAAACUUAUUAAAUGAUUAGACCAUAGCUACUGACAGUAUGACCACUUGCCCCGCCCCUAUACCAAAGCAUCAAUAAGGUCAAAGUACUGAACAGCUGUUGGUCCUUCCAGAAUUUAACCAGCUUAGUCCUAUUGAGAAUAUUUUUCCAUUUGAAAUUAAUGUAAAAAAAAAAAA